UUUAUAUAGCAGCAACAUUAUCAAGGUGGUGCUUUUAGGAACAUCCAGGGAGCAAGGACUUGUUCAAAUUUUGAAUGGAUUAAAUCAUAUAUAUGUGUGAUGGAGCCUCCACUUUCCUGUAUAUCUGGAUGCUUUGUGACCUUUCUCCUCCUACAGAUGGUGCUCACCUCUGAGCAGUUCACUGUGCAUACCUCCAGGAGCCUCCAGGUGGUCCUGGUAGGCGGGCACACUGAGCUCAGCUGCCAGCUUUCCCCACCAGAGAGUGCGGAACAUAUGCAGGUGGGCUGGUAUCGGGAUCACUACCAGCCAAUUUCCGUUUACAAGAAGGAGAAAAAACUCUCUGGAAAAAGCACUCAGAACUAUACAAAUCACACAGUGCUCCUGAAGGAUGCCCUGGGAGAGGGCAAAAUGACCCUCAGGAUCCAUAAUGUCAGUAUUACUGAUGAGGGGAAGUACCACUGUUUCUUUAAAGAUGGUGACAUCUCUGAAGAGGCCGUCGUGGAUCUGAAGGUAGCAGGAAACUAA